UCAUUGGCUCAGGUGUAUUAGAGAGGCGGGACAAAUGGUUUGAUUGGUUUUAGGCAGACUUCCCCACACAGGUGGGAAUUUGUCUGUGACCGGAAUUUACAUGAACACGUAUUUGGUCAAACCUGGGACCGUUAAGGGAUUUUGUCGACGGUUUCAAAAAUAAUCGUUGCUUUUGUGGAGUACCUGAAACAUAAUUUUUGCAGCGAAACCUCGCAAAAAUGUCGCCCAGAUUGCUGUUACCUGCCAUUUUCUUAUGCGUAUCAGGCAUUUUGGCUUCCUACUCUCAAGAAUGUGGCCUACCACCGUUACAGGAAAACAGGAUUGUAGGUGGGGUGGACGCCACAAAUGGGGCUUGGCCGUGGCAGGUGGAUAUACAGACACAAACUGGUCAUAUCUGUGGAGGCUCCAUCAUCACAGAGAACUGGAUCCUAUCAGCUGCUCAUUGUUUCCCCAAUCCAUCCGACCUGAGCUCUUACACCAUCUACGCUGGCCGGUACCAGCUCAAUGGCAUCAACUUGCAGCAAUCCUCGCACCGUGUGAGACAGGUGGUGAUUCCAUCCGGGUACGUCGAACCUCAGAAUGGGAAGGAUGUGGCAUUGGUACAGCUCUCCAGCCCAAUAAGCUGGUCAGAUUAUGUCCAGCCCAUCUGCUUACCUGCCUCUGGCACCCUGUUCCCAGGUGGCAUGAUGUGCUAUGUCACCGGCUGGGGGAACAUCCGGGAUGACGUCCCUCUGCAAGGAGUCGGGACUCUUCAGGAAGUGCGGGUGCCAAUCAUCUCCCAGAGUUCAUGUCAGGAGAUGUACCGAACCAACCCGCUCAAGCAGGUGGACAUCCUGUAUGACAUGAUCUGUGCUGGAUAUCAGGAGGGCGGCAAGGACUCCUGCCAGGGUGACUCAGGAGGGCCUCUCGUCUGCCAGAUGGUGAAUGGGACCUGGGUGCAGGCUGGUGUGGUGAGUUUCGGACAGGGCUGUGCUCAGCCAAACCAGCCAGGUGUAUAUGCCAGACUGACCAGCUACUCAAGCUUCAUCAGCAACACAAUACCAGAGCUCCGACUGUAUGGCCAAGCUAAUCAGAACUGCUGUGGGAGGAUGGCUGCUUUGUUCAGCUGCCUGUCCACUCUACUGAUCCUGCUUCACAGAUUGUUGCAGGUCUGUGAGAGACUGGUUGAGAAGGUCAUCCAGGUCAAAGCCCACACCAUACCCAGCCCCACUGCCUUUAGUGCUAUGGAGCGGACCAAUGAGACGAACCGACGUUCGAACGACCGUCCAAUAGGAGCAGAGAGCGUGUUGAGAGUUUAUGCGCUUCACGUCGAGCUGUCCCGAGAGAGAAACCCAGAUUACAGGGCGAUGUGCGACUUGGGGGAGUCUGUGAGCUGCUCCAAAGUGUUUACCUCAAAAUGGGGACGUGGUUUUGGCCUGGUCCAGUACUUUGUUGCUAAAGAUAACCCUCUGGACCAGCCCAAUAGUGUGCUUGGCAUCAUAUUUUACACUCUUCAGAUGGGCCUUGGAUUGUCUCUGUCCAAAAGAGCUGCAGUGUUUCUGGUCCUCUCGUCCUGGGUGUCUGUCGCUGGCUCCGUCUACCUUGCAUGUAUUCUUGCAUUCGUUCUUGGGGAUUUCUGCAUGGUCUGCGUGUCAACGUAUAUUGUCAACUUUGCAUUGCUCUUCACCAACCUGAAACGAAGGAGAGCAAUUGAAGAAAUGAAGGAAAAAGCAGAAUCAAAUGCUCAACUUGAUGGAAUGAGUUCCAAACGUAUUGCCUUUCCACAAUUUUUUCCAGUGUGUGGCAUCACUCCCCUGAACACCAGGAUAGUUGGAGGUGAAGAUGCUCCAGCUGGAAGUUGGCCUUGGCAGGUUAGCCUGCAGAGAUUUGGUAGCCAUGUUUGUGGCGGUUCCCUCAUCAACAGAGAGUGGGUGAUGACUGCUGCUCACUGUUUCUUCAGUACAAGUCCGUCUGGAUGGCAGGUUUCUCUCGGCCGUGAGAACCUGCAGUGCAGUAACCCAAACGAAGUGUCCAGAAGUGUUUCCAGAAUCAUUUUGCAUCCAAACUAUGACAGCGACACCAGCAACAACGACAUCGCUCUGCUCAGACUCUCCUCACCAGUCACAUUCACAGACUACAUCAGACCUGUGUGUCUGGCGGCCAGUGACAGCGUGUUCAACAACGGGACCGAUAGCUGGGUCACUGGCUGGGGAGCAGUGAGGGAGGGAGUGCCAUUAUCAUUCCCUCAAACUCUGCAAGAGGUGGAGGUGCCGGUUCUGGGAAACAGACAGUGUAACUGUCUCAAUGGAGUGGGCACAGUCACCAACAACAUGAUCUGUGCUGGUGUUCUGGCUGGAGGAAAAGACUCGUGUCAGGGUGACUCCGGAGGUCCAAUGGUCAGCAAACAGGGCUCCGUCUGGAUCCAGUCUGGAAUCGUUAGUUUUGGUUUUGGUUGCGCUCGACCCAAUCUUCCAGGAGUCUACUCCAGAGUGUCCAGUUACCAGUCGUGGAUCAACUCCCAGAUCCCCUCUGAUAGGCCGGGCUUUGUCCAGUUCACCUCCAGCGGGCUGGAUGCCGACAGCAGCUACACCUGUCCUGGUCUGCCACCUCCUCUUAUUACUACUACUGUUACUGCAAGACCAGAUGUUACGACCACAACUUUACCAUCCUCUGUUUCAAGUGCUGAAUGUAAGUAGCCUGCUUACCACAGU